AAACAAAGUCUCUUCCUAUUGCGUUGCGUGGGUCACGAAUUGACCUGCAGGUUAAGAGAGGGGCGUCGUGUUUCUGACUCCGAUUUCUACAACAAUGGCCGCUUUUUGCUAAAUUUUUUGGUAUUUGAUUGUUGGGGUUGGGCUUAGGUUGAGAAGACUCGUUAAGAGGUCAGAUUCUAAAGUCCUCAAAUCCCAAUCCUCACUAUUGACUAAACAAAUUCAAAACUUGGAAAAUUUUUAUUUUUCAAGUAAGCGAAGCAAGAACUGAGAAGUAACCGAGGUGUUUCCUAUGGCUAAUAAUCAACAAGUAUCACUAAUCACAAAAUCUUUCUCAUGAAGCCUUCAACAAGUCUGUUUUCCUUUCUUUCCUAAUCUAUCAAAUGCCUUUCUUUCAAAAAACCGCUUCCACUGCAUCUUCUUCCUCUCCGUCCUCUUUGCCAUCGUCUCCCUCUGUUUCUUCAAACGAAAGCAGUGGCAAUGCUGGUGAUUUCGUAAAAAAUCGCGGCCAAUCCUUUAUGCACAGGAGGCUUACGAGGCAGAGGAAGCUCAGGCACGUAACUGAUCGAGACCUUGGCUUACAGUUGACCGAUCAGUUGAAUUUGUCUCCCGGUUCACCGGAUUCCGCUACAAAGCCGAAGUCUCUGGGAUGCUCGGAUCGCUGGUUUUCAUAUGGGGUGCCGCAACCGUUGCCGCUCCCCGAAUUGGCCUUGCCUUUGCCUUCGCGUUCGCGUUCGAAUUUUCCGGGAUCACCGGAAGAAGGACCGACCUCUCGGUUGAGAAGUGCAGUUCGCGUUGUCACGAAAUCUGCUUUGUGUUCAAGAGAUCUUAAUAGAUUCUCUCAAGAUGCUGAUUUUCACUGUACUGAUGUCGACUUAAGACUGAACAUUUCUGCACGAAGUGCUCCAACAAGUGGGUUCUCAAGUCCUAUGGCUAGUCCUCGGAAGUCAAAUGCAGGAGAGUUCUCUCCUCCCUGCAAUACUACAGAUUCAACUAAAUGUUCAAGCAAUCAUUGCAUGGGACAGUCUGAUGAUCUAAAUAUUGAAACUGUUAAUUACAAGUGGAAUCGGAUUGCAUCACCCAGGAGUGCUCCAACUAGCAGUGUUUCAAGUCCUGCUGUUAGUCCACAAAGAUCAUACACUGGAGACUUUUUACCAUCUUUCGUGGCUUCACAAGCAUUUCAGACUUCAUCAGCUUUGGAGAUUCCAGACUUAGGUAGGCUUAAUGGCCAUACUUCACAAGGGUCACUGGUAAAAACUGUGGAUAGUACAGAUUGUUCUCCAUUUCAUAGCCCAUCACUGCAAAGUCCCUGCCGCAACCCUAAAAGUCCCUGGAAAUUUUCAUUUGCAUUGCAUGGAAAAUUGCUUCCAGGGAGAUCUAAGGAGUGGCCUGAGAGUAAUAAUCAUUUCAGUGCCCACCCAUUACCCCUUCCUCCUGGUGCUGCACCACCACAAUCAUUAAUGCCGCCACCAUCAAAUACAUCAUUUAAAAAAACAUUGUGGCAGAAAGGAAAACUCAUUGGACGUGGAACAUAUGGAAGUGUUUAUGUUGGAACCAACAGAGAGACUGGAGCUCUGUGUGCGAUGAAGGAAGUUGAUAUCAUCCCUGAUGAUAGUAAAUCUGCUGAAUGCAUAAAGCAGCUGGAGCAGGAAAUUAGACUUCUCCAACAUCUAAAGCACCCAAAUAUAGUACAGUAUUAUGGCUGUGAGAUAGUUGAUGAUCACUUUUACAUAUAUUUGGAGUAUGUUUAUCCUGGAUCAAUCAGCAAAUUUAUCCGAGAACAUUGUGGUGGCCAUAUGACAGAGUCUAUAGUCCGUAACUUCACCCGCCAUAUUCUCUCUGGUUUGGCUUAUUUGCAUAGCAAAAAGACAGUCCACAGGGACAUUAAAGGAGCAAAUCUGCUUGUUGAUUCAUCAGGCAUUGUUAAACUAGCAGAUUUUGGGUUGGCAAAACAUCUUACUGGACCAGCAUAUGAAUUGUCUUUGAAAGGCAGUCCACACUGGAUGGCUCCAGAGGUCAUGAAAGCUAAGAUGCAGAAAGAUGCCAAUCCCGAUCUUGCUUUGGCUGUUGAUAUAUGGAGCUUGGGUUGUACCAUCAUUGAGAUGUUUACUGGUAAACCUCCCUGGGGAGAGCUUCAAGGGCCUCAAGCAAUGUUCAAGGUUUUGAACAAAACUCCACCUAUACCAGAAGCAUUGUCUCCAGAGGGAAAAGAUUUUCUCUGCUGUUGCUUCCGAAGGAAUCCUGCUGAGCGAUCAUCGGCUAAUAUGCUGCUUGAGCAUCCUUUUGUGCAAAAUUCAACUGAACUCAAUGUGUUGACCUACAGACAGGAUAAAUCAUACAAUGCUAGAGAUUCUGCUAAGCAAAAAAUUGAUUUGACACCAACAUCUCCGGGAACGCAGAUUAUGAAUGAUAAACUGCAUUGCAAGAGUGAAACCAAUCAACAAAAUUGUGCCAAAACAUUCAACUCUGCUGCAAUUUCUCAUCGCUCUCCUUGUUCCCCAGUUGAUGUUCUACCUAAUGUAUCUACAACGCAACUGGUUUAUGGUUCACAUAAUUUCAGCUCUUCAUCAAAUGUUUCCAGCAAUAUGUCACUUAGUGCUGUGAAUAACCAUCCGUUGGCUCUUUUAAGGAGUCAUGGAAGGGAAGUUCCACAUAUCUGAAAUAUGCAUUAAUUGUCAUGAGUUGAUCUGGAAGCAAGUUCCUUUUGUGUACAGCUUGGUAAAAGCUAGAAAUUGGCUAGACAGGACGUAGUGGAGGUUCUCGCGUUGCUGCCUCAUGAAUCAUGAGUUUAGAGGUUCUGUUGACCAUUUGUACGCUCUUCAUAACACAGAUGGUUUCUUAACUUGGAAAUCUCGGCUGGAAUCAGUGUGCUGAUUAUUUCCAUAAUUCAUCAUCAUGGCUAGGGUUAGGGCUUUUAAGUAAUGAUUUGACAAAGAUCGAAAAAGUGGGAAGGAGAGGAGAUAUUUAUUCUGUUUGUUAUAAAGAAAAAACGUGGUGCUCUAGAUAGGUCUGUAAAUACAGGAAUCUUCCCCAACCCCUAAUUUGAUUUAUUUCUAAUAACAGAGAAAGUAUUAUUUCA